UUCCUCUUUACAUAACGGCGCGGGGCGGCAUGGGCUCGGGCCACUGCCUCCGCCCGGCCGCCCGCCCGGACUGUCGCGGCUCGCCGUGGCGACGGCGGCGGCAGCAAAGUUUCCCCGGUGGCGGCCGGGAGGCGCAUCCUCCCGCAACUGUCAAGCGCUGGCGGCGGAAAUGAUGAGGCGCUGGCCAUUUUCCGAGCCUGGGUUUCCUGCCUGAGCCCCGCUCGAGCGAGCCGCGAGCCAGGAGCCGGCGCGCGGGAGAGAAGGCGCCCGGGGCUGGGGCCCGCCUGCCCCCUCGGGAUUUCGGGGGCCCAGGGGCGCGCGACGCCAUGGGCCGGCCGGGCCCGGACCCCCUCUCUCUCAGCCUGGCUGCCCCACCUCCGUCUCCGCCAUGAACGGGCCCACCCUACAGCCCUCCUCGGCCUCCUCUGCGUCCUCGGCCUCCUCGGCGUCGUCCCCGUCCCCGCGUGGCUGGAGCGAGUUCUGCGAGCUGCACGCGGUGGCCGCGGCGCGGGAGCUGGCCCGACAGUACUGGCUCUUCGCCCGAGAGCACCCGCACCACGCGCCGCUGCGCGCCGAGCUCGUGUCGCUGCAGUUCACCGACCUCUUCCAGCGCUACUUCUGCCGCGAAGUGCGCGAGGGCUGUGCGCCCGGGCCGCUGGGACCCCGGGCCGCUGCCCCCGCCCGCGACUACCGUGAAACGGGCCGCGGGCCCCCGACCAAGGCCGAGGCUCCCCCGGCUGAGCCGGGCCCGGGCCCCGCCACCCCCGCCCCCGCCCUGCCCAAGGCCCGCAGCUCGGAGGAGCUGGCCCCGCCGCGGCCGUCCGCCGCCUGCUCCUUCCAGCACCUGCGCCACAGCCUCCGCCACAUCUUCCGCCACCGCUCUGCCGGUGAGCUGCCCGCGGCCCCGGCAGCCGCGGCCGCGGGGGAGGCAGGUGAGGCCCCGGCCAGGCCCGGCCUAGCCCGAAAGCUCCUGCCCUGGAGCCUGGCCCGGGAGCCGCCGCCCGAGGCCCUCAAGGAGGCGACGCUGCGGUAUAGCCUGGCAGACGAGGCCUCCAUGGACAGCGGGGUGCGCUGGCAGCGCGGGCGGCUGGCUCUGCGGCGCGCUGGCGGCCCCGACAGCUCGGACCGGGUGCUGGAGCUCUUUGACCCGCCCAAGAGUUCAAAGCCCAAGCUACAAGCAGCCUGUUCUAGCAUCCAGGAGAUUCGGCGAUGCACACGUCUCGAGAUGCCCGACAACCUCUACACCUUUGUGCUGAAGGUGAAGGACCGGACAGACAUCAUCUUUGAGGUUGGAGAUGAGCAGCAGCUGAAUUCAUGGAUGGCUGAGCUUCGGGAGUGCACAGGCCAAGGACUGGAGAACACAGACCCAGAGACGCACAUAUCCUCAGCCUUAGAGCCCAGCACGUUUAACUCUCCAAGGGGAAGCACAGAUUCCCUGAACCAAGGUGCUUCUCCUGGGGGGUUGCUAGACCCAGCCUGCCAGAAAACAGAUCAUUUCCUGUCCUGCUACCCCUGGUUCCAUGGCCCCAUCUCCCGGGUGAAGGCAGCACAGCUGGUUCAGCUGCAGGGUCCUGAUGCUCACGGAGUGUUCCUGGUCCGGCAGAGUGAGACGAGGCGUGGGGAAUAUGUGCUCACAUUCAACUUCCAGGGCAUAGCCAAGCACCUGCGCCUGUCACUGACUGAGCGGGGCCAGUGCCGAGUACAACACCUCCACUUCCCCUCGGUCAUGCACAUGCUCCACCACUUCCAGCGUUCACCCAUCCCACUCGAGUGCGGUGCCGCCUGUGACGUCCGGCUAUCCAGCUACGUGGUAGUUGUCUCCCAGCCACCAGGUUCCUCCAAUGCCGUCCUGUUCCCUUUCUCCCUCUCUCGCUGGGAUUCAGAGCUGGGCCUUCCCCACCUUAGUGCUUCUGGCUGUCCGAGGGGGCUCGGCCCAGAGGGUCUCCCAGGCCGAUCCUCUCCCCCAGAGCAGAUCUUCCACCUGGUGCCUUCGCCUGAGGAACUGGCCAGCAGCCUGAGGCACCUGGAGCCUGAGCCUGCCAGUCGAGCCCGGGACUCAGACUAUGAAAUGGACUCCUCCUCCCGGAGCCACCUGCGGGCCAUAGACAAUCAGUACACACCUCUCUGACAGGCUGGGAGGAAUCCCAGAUGCCCCAGAGGAACAUAAGCAAGCAGAGACAUGAACUUGUGAAUGUAAUUUUCUUUCCUUCCUUCCAGAGAGAGAUUUAAGGGACACUGUUAACUGUUGAUUCCAGUUUGGAUGUGACCCUUCUAUUAGGCCUGUUAAAGGGCCUCCUAUAAGUUUCAUUCUCACUUGACUGUCUCCUAUUGUUUACAGAUGUAGUUCUUGUUCACGGAUGCCACCAGCUCCUGCCCGGGGUUCCCAGGACCAGUCCCCAUCAGUUUUGGAGGAGGUAGUAGGGUGAGGGCCCGAGUUGGCAGUGGAAACUUGUUCUAUUUUUCACUGACACUGUCACAGCUGACAGACUUUCUACUUUGGGUGGGGGGCAUCAGGAAGCCCAAAACACUAACAAGCCCUGGCUUCUCCUAUAGGUUUCCCAUUGUAGCUUCAGUCCACGUGGCAGGUCUGAUGUACCCAUGCCACAGGUGACCACACUUAUCCUGCUUUGACUCGGUUUUAGGACAAAGCUCUGGCAGAUGGACAAGCUAAAUAUCAAAAUGAUUUUAAACAUUUUUACCUCAAAUUAACUUUUCAAAGGAUUCAGGUUUCAAAAAUUAAACCAUUGCUUAUUUCAUUGCACUGUCUGAAUUAAUACCCAUGCGAUUUUUGUAGUCAGAGAUAGCUAUGCAAACCUUCCUUGACUGGCUUCCUUGUCUAGUAUGCCUCCAAAGAACAGUCACCUGUUCCUGAGAAGCCACUGUCCUUCCUAAAUGUAGAGAAGUAAAAAGCGUGUCACUCUUUCAGGGAAAUUCAGGCAAUUACUGAAAUAGGAGGGUGGCAAGGAAUAGUUCCACCCUGGUGCCUUAUGAAUAAAAAACGAUUCUGGUUUAUAGUAGCUUUACAGCGAGAGUUAAACUGAGAGGUAAGGAAGGGGCAAGCAAAAAGGAAAGAAGGGCUGCUGGGCCCUUCCUAGUAAACUCUUGGCCAACAGGGCUGGCUCAGAGCCUCCAAGCAUCUGAAAGUGUAUUAAAUUAUCCCACAAAGUUUUAAGCUCAUUCUUGAGCCAAAAUGGAAGCUGGGAAUCUGGUGCCACAGCUAAUGAGAAAAUCCUUUAACAGCUCGCAAUUACUGUUCUGUUCUAGCUGGUUACUGCCUCAUGUGAUGAAGAACGUGUGUGCGUGUAUACAUACAUAGGCACACAUACCCUCAACAUCCAGGGAGGUUCUGCAGUUGGAUCUCCAUCUAUACUUGCCUUUCACAAAUGAUACAAUUGAUAGGAGGCUGGCUCCUCCCAGAACUUUCAUGCAGAGGCUUGGAAACAAGGGAAGCAGUGACCCAAUGGAGUCAGCUGCUCCUGGGUGCCAGCAGAGCCAUUCAGUACAGCCGCCAGGCUGACCAAAGUGGCUUCUAGGAAACCAAGAGUUCAGCACAGCUUAACAUUUAUAGAUACUUCAAUCAAAGGCUAAAUUUAAACCUUGGCCUGAACUAAACUGCCUAUUUCUGGGGUGAGGGUUUGGUCUGUUCCCUCCAGCCAUUCAUUCUCUGUACACUAAGAGGUGAGAGGUCAGGCUUUAGGAGGGGCAAGAAGGUCAGCAGCCACCUCUCCCUCCCAUCACUUUAAAACCCACACUCCUGGAUGUUUUCAGAGAUGGUAAAGCAGAUCCAACCCUGAUCUGCAUUGGGGUCACCUGUCUUUCCUUCACUGUCCACAUAUCAAGUAGGUCUCUGUGAAUAAGGAAUGCUAAAAGCAAAAUGUGAGCCAGGAGUAAGCACUAUUUUGGAUUUCUCAAAGAAAGUCAAUGCUGACUUAUCACUGGUAUAGUUUUUCCCCUUGUCUGCACAGGCAAAGGGCGAGGUAGACAAUGAAUCAAAUAAGUAAGUUCCCUCCCUCCCCUCAGAAGGGUAAACAAACAUCUGGGAUAUGACCUCCUCAAGCCACAGCGGCACUCACUUCUUAGCCUCUUGUCAUCGAGUUCUCAGGUAGUGCGGAGAGGCAAGCCAGGCACAGCAAGCAAGCACCUCUGUCCUACUGGCUACAAAGUGCAAGCUCAAACUCUGUGACCGAGUCAACAACUUCCAGAUUGCUUCAGUGUAAAAUGUUCACAGAGAAGAAAAACAUUUCUAAAUGUGUUUGAGUUACCAGGACAGCUCAAAUACCUUCUGACAAAAAGCUCCCUCAUGGCCUGGGAAGAAGUGACACUAAGCCAAUGCCUUCUGCUAGAGCAGAGCUGGAGGUGGGGGGAGCAAUGGGUUCCUAGGCUUGAUAUCCUCACAGGCAGUGAGGCAGCUACCCUGAUGGCUGCAAUCAGCCCACCACAGUCAUAGCACAUUCCCCCACCCUCCUUCCAGUCCCAGUGUGACCACUGCUGGCAGCAAGAAGCCAAGCCAGCAGCCUCCACUGAGAGCCCAGGCUCUGAGUGCCAAAGGACAGUAAGCCCUCUGGUUAUCUCUAGUUACAGACAAGGACAGCUUUGACUGCUCCCAUCAUCAUCCCUUCCUUCAUCCGACUUUAAUGAACUUUUACAAACUAACAGUCACCAGCACCAAAGAAUUAAGUCAACUAACCUGCCUUGAAUUUUAGACCAGCAAUCCAUAUGGCUUUAUCUGGUAUAAAUCUUCUGCCUUUGAUCAUUUCUGGACCGUGUAGGAAAAAGGAAUAGCAAUUAUUAAAAUCUUAAGCCAGAGAACACUAUUUUUACAUAACAGUUUCUUAACCUAAAAUCAAGGCCUUGAGAACCCUUCCCUAAGGGUUGCCUGUGAUUCCUUCAUGCUACUGUUGAGGGCUAAGUCUCUUAUUGCAAAUGUGAGCGCUAAUAUCUCCCACAGGCUAGAGGAACUUGAUAGUUUAUUAUCCACUGCCUCUUAACAAGGACACAUCUGACAUCCAGUGUUUAGCUGGAAUAAGCAGCAUAUUGUAAUGACAAAACAGAAAAUGGAUUCAUCUUAUAGGCAGAAGGUAUUUGGCAAAUUUUUAUGUAUUGUAUAUGUACUGUAUAAGUAACUUAUUCUUGAAGAAUGCAAAUUUUGCUAUAAUGUACAAACUGCUACAUGUGAAUUAAAAGGAAAUUUUCAGAAUCCUGA